CCCUUUCAUCAAGCUGUCCACCCCAACCCGAAGAUCUCUUUCUUGUUCAGUCACCACCAGCUUAGAUCUGAUGGACCAGGAGAGAAUAAAAACAGGAGCAAUGCACAAGAUGACCAGUAAACCCUCUGCUUUUCAUGGCCACAGUGAAACCACAGUACAGGAAAACUUAGCUGAACGAAUGGAAAUAAAUCAGUAUUCUGUGCGUAGGACAAGCUUUGAUUCUCAAUCAAGUCUUGAAAGCCAUUGUAAGACUCACACAGAUGACAACUCAUUAAAACGCUUGGAGUGUGGAAAGAGCUUCACUAGAAGCACACACCUUAGUUGUCAUCGGAGAAGUCACGUAGGGGAAAAAUCAUAUGAAUGUGCAGAGUGUGGAAAGUGCUUCAGACAGAAGAUACAACUCACUUCUCAUCAAAGAAUUCACACAGGGGAGAAACCAUAUGAAUGUACAGACUGUGGAAAGCACUUCUGUCACAGGUCAAACCUCACAUCUCAUCAAAGAAUUCACACAGGGGAGAAACCAUAUGACUGUGCAGAGUGUGGAAAGAGCUUCAGUCGGAGCACACAACUCACUUCUCAUCAAAGUAUUCACACAGGGGAGAAACCAUAUGAAUGUGCAGAGUGUGGAAAGCAGUUCAGACAUAGUUCAAACCUCACUCGUCAUCAAAGAAUUCACACAAGGGACAAACCAUACGAAUGUGCAGAGUGCGGAAAGUGCUUUAGACGGAGCACACACCUCACUUCCCAUCAAAGUAUUCACACGGGGGAGAAACCAUAUGAAUGUGCAGACUGUGGAAAGCACUUCACGCAGAGUUCAAGCCUCACAUCUCAUCAAAGAAUUCACACAGGGGAGAAACCAUAUGAAUGUGCAGACUGUGGAAAGCGCUUCAGUCAGAGUUCAAGCCUCACUAUUCAUCAAAGAUUUCACACAGGGGAGAAAUCAUUUGAAUGUGCAGAUUGUGGAAAGUGCUUCAGACGGAGCAAACACCUCACUUCUCAUCAAAGAAUUCACACAGGGGAGAAACCAUAUGAAUGUGCAGACUGUGGAAAGAGCUUCAGUCAGAGCGCAAGCCUCACUUCUCAUCACAGUAUUCACACAGGGGAGAAACCAUAUGAAUGUGCAGACUGUGGAAAGCGCUUCAGACGGAGCACACACCUCACUUGUCAUCAAAGAAUUCACACAGGGGAGAAACCAUAUGAAUGUGCAGACUGUGGAAAGAGCUUCAGUCAGAGCGCAAGCCUCACUUUUCAUCACAGUAUUCACACAGGGGAGAAACCAUAUGAAUGUGCAGACUGUGGAAAGCGCUUCAGACGGAGCACACACCUCACUCGUCAUCAAAGAAUUCACACAGGGGUGAAACUAUAUGAAUGUGCAGACUGUGGAAAGAGCUUCAGUCAGAAGAUACUACUCACUUGUCAUCAAAGAAUUCACACAAGGGAGAAACCAUAUGAAUGUGCAGACUGUGGAAAGAGCUUCAGUCAGAAGAUACUACUCACUUGUCAUCAAAGAAUUCACACAGGGGAGAAACCAUAUGAAUGUGCAGACUGUGGAAAGAGCUUCAGUCAGAAGAUACUACUCACUUGUCAUCAAAGAAUUCACACAGGAGAGAAACCAUAUGAAUGUGCAGACUGUGGAAAGCGCUUCAGUCAGAAGAUACUACUCACUUGUCAUCAAAGAAUUCACACAGGGGAGAAACCAUAUGAAUGUGCAGACUGUGGAAAGAGCUUCAGUCAGAAGAUACUACUCACUUGUCAUCAAAGAAUUCACACAGGGGAGAAACCAUAUGAAUGUGCAGACUGUGGAAAGAGCUUCAGUCAGAAGAUACAACUCACUCAUCAUCAAAGAAUUCACACAGGCGAGAAACCAUAUGAAUGUGCAGACUGUGGAAAGAGCUUCAGUCAGAAGAUACAACUCACUUCUCAUCGAAGAAUUCACACAGGGGAGAAACCAUAUGAAUGUGCAGAGUGUGGAAAGUGCUUCAGUCAGAGCACAAACCUCACUUCUCAUCAAAGAAUUCACACAGGGGAGAAACCAUAUGAAUGUGCAGAGUGUGGAAAACAAUUCAGUGAUAGUUCAAACCUCACUCGUCAUCAAAGAAUUCACACUGGGGAGAAAUCAUAUGAAUGUGCAGAGUGUGGAAAGCGUUUCAGUCAGAGCACAAACCUCACUUCUCAUCAAAGAAUUCACACAGGGGAUAAACCAUAUGACUGUGCAGAGUGUGGAAAGCGCUUCAGUUGGAGCACAGGCCUCACUUCUCAUCAAAGAAUUCACACAGGGGAGAAACCAUAUGAAUGUGCAGACUGUGGAAAGCGCUUCAGAAAGAGCACAAACCUCACUCGUCAUCAAAGAAUUCACACGGGAGAAACCAUAUGAAUGUGCAGAGUGUGGAAAGCGCUUCAGUCAGAAGAUACAACUCACUUGUCAUCAAAGA